UCAUUUAAUAAUUUUACAUUCACGCUUGUUGCGAAAUUCAUUCAUUUAAUAUUAUUUGCGAUUAUCGAUUAAUUUAUAAUCUUUUACAUUCGCGCUUCUUGCGAAAAGUGCGAUGGCAACCCAUCGCACUCAUCUGUUUGCCAUUUUCUCAUUCUCUCAUACAAAUGUCAAACUCAUUCUUUUUGAUUUCUACAUUGUGCGAGCACAGGCGCCGCAAGCGAACAAAAUAUUUCAGCCUACAACUACAAGGACUUGAAUAUUGUUUAAUUUGCGGGCCGCCAAUUGCCGGCACAACAUUCUGAAAUAUUUUGUUUCGGAAACAAAUAUUUUUCUUCUUUGGAUUCUGAAGUUACCUUGGCCAUCGAAGUUCGGAAAUGGAAGACUCCGAACAUAUUAGCGUACUUAUGGAAGGCAGUGAAAUACCACCGGCGGCGACCAUUGGUGAGGCUGACAAGCCUAGCAACGACACAGCAACUGGAAUUGGAUCGACAUUCACAGCUGGUAGUGCACCGUAUUGUCACGCAUCAACGCCCACUACUCACCCUUCGACAUUUACAGUACCGGGCGUGAACAACGCAUCCAUGAUAACAUCAGUUCAUGGAACUCAACCGCACUACAUGGUAUAUAGCACCAGUGCACCGCUGUUUCAAACCGCGGCAGUCAAUGCAUUUACAAGCACGUGGGGGCCCGGCAUUGCUAAUGGUGGCAUACCUAACCUCACUUCGGCUGCUAUGCCUUGUAGCGCGCUAACCUAUCCAACGUUCGGCAAUACAUUUCGGCCAUUUUGUUCACAGACGAAUAUGCAUAGCCGCGUGGCACCACAACCGAAUACUUCUGUUUUCAUGCAGCCGAACAUUACGCCAUCGUGUAACCAAACGCGCGACCCCUCUUAUAAUGUUUUCAGCCAAUACAGCACAUCCGACGUCAAUUUAACACCAACGCAGAUUUCCAGCAGGCAAGUGAUAACCAAGGAUUUACCGACCUUUUCCGGCAGGCCUGAGGACUGGCCCCUAUUCAUCACGAAUUACGAGCAGUCUACCGAGCGAUGUGGCUUCACUGAUCAAGAAAAUCUGAUCAGACUACAAAAGUGUUUAAAGGGACCAGCUCUCGAAGCGGUGCGUGGUAGGUUAAUGAUGCCAGCAACAGUAGGUCUGGCAAUCAACACAUUGAGAAUGCUUUAUGGUAGGCCUGACAUUAUUCAUCAAACAAUGCAGAUGAAAUUGAGACAAGAGCCAGCAGUUAGGGCCGAUAAAUUGGAAACGCUCAUAGCAUUUUCACUUGCAGUGCAAAACUAUCGCGCUACAAUCCAGGCGGUAGGCCUGGCCGAUUAUUUAAACGAUCCUGUGUUGCUUAAUGACUUGAUAGCCAAAUUGCCAAGCGAUCUAAGGCUCAAUUGGGGCGGCUAUCGUAUGUCGCUCAGUCGCGUCGACAUUGCUGUGUUUGACGAUUGGCUUUUUGGACUUGCUGCAUGCGCGAGUCAAGUAACAAGAUGUGAGCCACCCACAACCACAGCUGCCUUUGAAAAUAUUGAAGUAAAGAAAGGCCGCAAUUCCCACAAGGCGAGAGUUUUAGUUCAUGAAGUUAUCGGAAAAAAUGUAGAGGUAAACGCGAAGGUGACUAUAUGCCCAAAGUGUAGCGCCAACCAUAAGCUGUCAGACUGUGCAGAAUUUACUGCGCUCUCGCGAAGUGAUCGAUGGCUGUUUGUACGAGAGAAAAAACUUUGCUUACGCUGUUUCAAUUCUCACUACGUUCGCCGAUGCAAUCUGAAGAAUAGGUGUGGGGUUGACGGCUGCCAGAUGGCACACAACUCUCUUCUGCAUACACCUGUUCCCGUUAAGAGCAACGUCGGUCAUGAGCAAACAGCGCUAUACCACGAACGUCAUUCAGGCUCACCAAAGGAGAAGCAGAACUCGCUAUUCAGGUACGUCGCCGUUACUGUUCGUAACGCAUCCAAAUCUGUUGACACAUAUGCACUCAUCGACGAAGGCGCGUCUUGUACUUUAAUUGAAAACGAGCUUGCAGAUUAUCUUGAAUUGGACGGGCCGUCCGAGGCGUUGUGUCUGCGAUGGACUAACGAAAUUACUCAAAGCGAAAAUAACUCCAAGUUUGUAAGUUUUGAGAUCGCAUCGACACAGUUGGGCUCUCCAAACUACUUGUUAAGAGGUGUACGCACUAUUGCUCGUUUAGGCCUGCCUGAUCAAACAUUGGACCGCGAUACCAUGGAGAAGCAUGCCCAUCUCAAAGGUCUACCUAUACUACCAUAUAACGGUGCUAGGGCUCGAAUUCUUAUUGGAGUCGACAACGCGAAAGUCUGUGUGCCAAUUGAAGUUAAGGAGAGUAACACCUCCAACCUGAUUGCUGCUAGAUGCCGGCUGGGAUGGACCGUUUAUGGUCGAGACACAUCUGAACACGCAGUGAUGCCCCGCGUGCUCCACAUCUGCAGCUGCGAUCCUACGAGCAGGGACCGAAUGGACGAACAGAUGAAGGCGUAUUUUGCUAUCGACGCUAUCGGUGUCUAUGCGCCAGCUAAACCGCUUCGGUCAAAGGAUGAUGAACGUGCUUUACAAUUGAUGGAAAAAUUCACCAAGUUUUUGCCAACAGAGAAGAGAUGGGAAACAAGAUUGCUAUGGAAACAAGACGUCGUCGAUUUACCCGAUUCACUUCCUAUGGCGCGUCGUCGACUAAUGUGCUUGGAAACCAAGAUGAAGCGGGAUCCUGAACUUCACCGUUUUAUCGUCGACAAAAUUAACGAUUACAAGAAAAAGGGUUACAUACGCAAAUUGGAGUCACUUGAAACAUCGAUAGAUUGGUAUGGGACGCUGCAGCCAAAGCUGGAAAUACUGCACUUAACAACAUGCUGUUAA